AUAUAUAAAAAGCAAUCCACAACGGGCGGCCGCAGUUCAUUCGAAUCGGAAGCUUGUGUUCCAUCGGAUCAGAAGCGAUCGCAACUAUCCUACCGUCAUCCAGAAACGAAAGUGCGUUGCGUGUAGAGUGAACUGCAGACUGUGCUGGUAGCAACGAUUAGAUCCUUCGUUUGUGGAUCUGUGAAAAGAACAGGGACCUCGGAAAUGGCCAGGACGUCGUACGUGAUACCAGUUGUGGUGCUGUGUGCAUUCUUCCUUCAGUUACAUGGAGUGCCACUGCCGGGAGGCGGUGAAGGUGGCAAUGGUAUCCAUCCUUUGAAUUCUCUAUUCCGCCCAGAGGAAGGCGAUUACUGGAGCGGAAGCAAUGAAACGCUGGAUAACAACAGCACCAAUGGAACGCACAAGGACUUGUACGUCAUCAAAGCCGUAGUCUACGAAAUUGGCAUUCUGGUCGACGCACCCGACAACGACACGGAGGGCAUCGGAGAGGAUCCCAUCACUGAGCAGCAAGUGGAUCUAACCUUCUUCAGUCACGACGCCAACAAAACCCACAUCAAUCUGGGUGACAUCCCCGUACCGGUGGCAACCAGUGUGAACGGCCAGGUGCUGACCGGUAUCGCACCGGUUCACCUCGGAGCCGUGUCCGAUUUGCACGAACUGGUGCAAACACUUCCCAUCUCGGGGACCAUCGUCAACAUCACCCAAACGAACAGUUCGUAUGUGACGCUCACCCAGAAGGACAUCGAGGAAAUCGAAUCAGGUUCGGCCGAAGCCGUUGAUGUACCAGAGCUCACCAAGCUGCCCAUUCCUGCGUCCGGUCAUCCGCUGAUACCGAAUGCACUGGAUAAUGUUGUGACGAAUUUGGCAGCGAGCGGAAAGAACUAGGUGGAUCAUUCUAGUGAAGCGAGCAAAUCGAACGAAAUGACAAAAGUCGCACGUUGUGACGUCUGUUUGUAGAGUAAAUUAUGAUAAGUAUGUGAUAUGAUGAUGUGGGACGGCGUAAAUAUAUGUGAACAUCAGCGGAUGUGUUUUGCUACGAA